UUGAACUUUUCUUAGCCCUUCAGCGAAUCUACAAAGCAUUUUUUGAGGAGCUCAGCCUGGCCUUGUUUCAGUGAUAAAGGAGGAAAGGCUGGCUGCUACAAACAUCAUUCAAGAUGUCCAGCAAAGAGAACAGCACAGAUGGCAAAACAGACUUAGCUAAUGGAAGCCUGUCCAGCAGUCCAGAGGAGAUGUCUGGAGCUGAGGAGGGCCGAGAGACAUCUUCAGGCAUUGAAGUGGAAGCCUCAGACCUGAGCCUGAGCUUGACGGGUGAUGAUGGUGGCCCUAACCGUACUAGUACAGAAAGUCGAGGCACAGACACAGAAAGCUCUGCUGAAGACAAGGACUCUGACAGCAUGGAAGACACUGGCCAUUAUUCCAUCAAUGAUGAAAACCGAGUCCAUGACCGCUCAGAGGAAGAAGAGGAAGAAGAGGAGGAGGAAGAAGAGCAGCCUCGGUGUCGUGUACAGCGCAAGCGAACCAACCGUGAACAGGACUCAUCAGAUGAUGAGCGGGCCUUGGAGGACUGGGUGUCUUCAGAGACAUCAGCUCUGCCUCGACCUCGCUGGCAAGCCCUUCCUGCCCUUCGGGAGCGGGAACUGGGUUCAAAUGCCCGCUUUGUGUAUGAGGCCUGUGGGGCAAGAGUCUUUGUGCAACGUUUCCGUCUGCAGCAUGGGCUUGAGGGUCAUACCGGUUGUGUCAAUACCUUGCACUUUAACCAGCGUGGUACCUGGCUGGCCAGUGGCAGUGAUGAUCUGAAAGUGGUGGUGUGGGACUGGGUACGGCGACAGCCAGUACUGGACUUUGAGAGUGGCCACAAAAGUAAUGUCUUCCAGGCCAAGUUCCUUCCUAACAGUGGUGAUUCCACCCUGGCCAUGUGUGCCCGUGAUGGGCAGGUGCGGGUAGCCGAACUAUCUGCCACACAGUGCUGCAAGAAUACUAAGCGUGUGGCUCAGCACAAGGGAGCCUCCCACAAGUUGGCCCUGGAGCCAGACUCUCCUUGUACGUUCCUAUCUGCAGGUGAAGAUGCAGUUGUCUUCACCAUUGACCUCAGACAAGACCGGCCAGCUUCGAAACUGGUGGUGACAAAAGAGAAGGAGAAGAAAGUGGGACUGUAUACAAUCUAUGUGAAUCCUGCCAAUACCCACCAGUUUGCAGUGGGCGGACGAGAUCAGUUUGUAAGGAUUUAUGACCAGAGGAAAAUUGAUGAGAAUGAGAACAAUGGAGUACUCAAGAAAUUCUGUCCUCAUCACCUGGUGAACAGUGAGUCCAAAGCAAACAUCACCUGUCUUGUGUACAGCCACGACGGCACAGAGCUCCUGGCCAGUUACAAUGAUGAAGACAUUUACCUCUUCAACUCAUCACACAGCGAUGGGGCCCAAUAUGUUAAAAGAUAUAAGGGCCACAGAAAUAAUGCCACAGUAAAAGGUGUCAAUUUCUAUGGCCCCAAGAGUGAGUUUGUGGUGAGCGGUAGUGACUGCGGGCACAUCUUCCUCUGGGAGAAAUCAUCCUGCCAGAUCAUUCAAUUCAUGGAGGGGGACAAGGGAGGUGUGGUAAACUGUCUUGAGCCACACCCUCACCUGCCUGUGUUGGCAACUAGUGGCCUAGACCAUGAUGUCAAGAUCUGGGCACCCACAGCUGAAUCUUCUACUGAGCUUACAGGGUUAAAGGACGUGAUUAAGAAGAACAAGCGGGAGCGGGAUGAAGAUAGCUUGCACCACCCUGACCUGUUUGAUAGCCACAUGCUGUGGUUCCUCAUGCAUCACCUGAGGCAGAGACGCCAUCAUCGGCGUUGGCGAGAUCCUGGGGUUGGGGCCACAGAUGCAGACUCGGAUGAGUCUCCCAGUUCCUCAGACACAUCGGACGAGGAGGAGGGCCCCGACCGGGUGCAGUGCAUGCCGUCCUGAGCCUCACGCCAGGAGGGAUGGGCUGGGGCCACCAACCCAGUCCUGCCUGGGCAGCCCUAACAUUCAACAGAAAUGCACUUUGGACUUUUUGCUUUAGGUAAAAGACAGACAUCCCAGGAGAAGGACAAACCAUUAACAGAGUACCUAGGAGUAGGAGUUGACCCCUGGAUUGGGUUCCAUGGAAAGGUGCAUAGGACUCAGCAAAAA